AUGGUAGCGCAGAGCGCAGCUAGCCAUGGCGGAGGAGAGACGGCGAAAACGGCAGGGGCCGAGGCACAGGUGUAUGCCGGGAUCACGGCUGAGGACCUCAGGACCAAAUGGCAGGAGGCGGUUGAAAAAUUGGCGAAAAGAAAGAUCACGGUCGUUAACCCCGACAAUGCGUUGGAAGGAGCUCUGUCCAUCAGGGAGUUCGACGGAUCUGUCGUUCGCCACGAGACCUUUGUCUUUCUGGACGUGGUUUGGCUGGCCAAAAUCCUCAAACCCUUGCUCAAUCACAAGGAUGAAGAGACCUUCGAGGGCCUUGUGAAGCUAGGGGGCACAGGCGACAUGUGUCUCACCCUCGAGGACCCAUUGGACAUCAUUUCGUGGUUCAGGCUCAAGAGGGAGGGAGUGCUCGAACCCCGGUUAGCGCGUACGAUGUGGUCUAAUGGUCUGUCCGAGUACGUUCUCCCCACUCUCACGACCCUGGGUCUGGCGUUCCCACUCGAAGCCGAUCCUGCCGGGGGGCUUGUAGUUCUGCUACGGCUAACACCAGGCCGCCCCGAGCGUGUGGGCAAAGUGAUGGACACAUUCUACUUGGAUCAAACCCCGGCCUUGAAUGCGAGUUGGAAAAUGUUCCUCGGGGUUCCGCCUGGUGCGAUUGAAAAAGUGUUGACACGGUGCUGCAGCCUCGGCGGCGUGACAGUAUUCUGGCGGUCUGGGGUGCUUGUGCAUAGCGCUCUUCGCGACGAAGAUGGCGACGAAGAUGGGUCCGACAUUUUUGCCGUGGUCUUGGAAUACUCGUCCUCCGACAACGAGCUGACUGCUCAGGUUUUCGGCGAUAUCAGCACUCAAGCUCCGUGGACGGUCCUUUCUUACGCCGCCUCGGCCGUGAGGUUGAUGCUCAUGGAUUUCCCAGGACUGCGCUCGAGAGGCUCUCUGAAGUGUCCUCAGCAUGGCUAUACGGCAUGCUCUUGA